AUGCAUCAUGCUUCUGCAGCUUCGAGCCCGGAGGCUGCUGCUGUACCCGCGGCUGCUGCUGCUGCUGAUGUGCGUGGUGCUGCAGCAGCUGCUCGGGAUACGAGUGAGGCAGCUGCUGCUGCUGUAACUGCUGCAGAUGCAGAAGCUGCUGCAGUUGCUGCUGCUGCGGCUGCUGCCUUUUUUGUUUCUGCUGUUGCUGCCUUUUCCGCAUGUACUGCAGCUGCUUUUGCUGCAGCGCUCGGCAGCUGCUCAAGCACACCUGAGGAAUCUGCCUUACCUCCCAUAAAAGCCCGCCCAACAGACACGUCAUAG